AUGACCGGCCCGGUAAAGAAUCUUCGAAAGAAUAAGCAACUACUGAGAUCACUGUUCCAGAUGAGUCUAAGAAUCGUAUCAAAGAUUAAAUUGAAAUAUGUGUGCUGUAUAGUGAUCCUGAUUAUGGUAUUAGAUUUCUUUGGAGUGUUUACGCACUUUUUUGAAAUUGAUUUCAAUGAAAAUUUCGUCUAUCCUUAUGAAGGAAACGUACAAAAGUUUGUAGCGGACUUCAGACAUAAUCGUAAGCCAGAUGUCGGUCCAAUAAAUCAGUAUAAUUACAGUUAUAUUCAUGAAUUAACUAACAAAUGUACAGAACCUGAAUAUUCUAAGUUAAGAAUUGUAUACAUAGUUAAGUCUGCUAUUGAACAUUUUGACCGCAGGAACGCAAUACGAAAAUCAUGGGGCUUUGAGAAGAGAUUUUUUGAUGUUCCCUCGAGAACAAUCUUUUUGCUGGGUUGUCAUCCAAAUGACAAUGAAAUCCAAGAGAAAGUUAACUUGGAGGUUGCAAAGUACAAUGACAUAGUACAAGCAACUUUCGUUGAUACGUAUUACAACAACACCAUAAAAACAAUGAUGGGCUUUAAGUGGGCAGUAAAACACUGUAGUAAUUCAAAAUUUUAUAUGUUUGUCGACGAUGACAUAUACGUAUCUGUAAAAAAUGUUUUAAGGUUCGUUAGAAACCCAGUAUAUUAUCCUGAUUAUUUGAAAGAACCCAAAAAAAUGGAAACACGCAAAAGAGAAAUUAGAGAAUUCAACACCCAAGAUUUCACAAAUUUGAACAAUACGGAUAUAAAUGAUAAAAAGAUCCAGCAGGAGACAUUCAAUCUUCACGAUAUUGACCAAAGAAGAGUUAUAGGAAAAGAUAUAACGGCCAAACAGAUAUUUGAGUCUAAGCGUCAUAAAAGAGGAUUUACCGAUAAAGAGAUAUUGGCAUCUAAAAACUUGGCAGAAAAAUCUAGGCAACAAAGACCAACGAAUCUGCAGUUUAAAAGCCAAUCAAAUUUAUUGAACCGUGGAUCUCAAAUUAAUGGGGCACAGGGAUCGCUGUUACCAAAGGCUUUAAAUAACUCUAACUCGAUACAAGUCAGAUCGAAAAGGCAGGUUUUUGACUUUGAACUGCCAGAAGACGUUCGGUUGUUUGCAGGGUUCGUUUUUGUCUCUGCUCCACAUAGACAUAAAUCCUCGAAAUGGUAUGUUUCUUUAAAAGAAUAUCCUUAUCACCAAUGGCCUCCUUACGUUACUGCUGGAUCGUACAUACUUUCUAAAGAGGCUCUUUUAGAUAUGUACUACACUAGCCUGUAUACUCAACACUUCAAAUUCGAUGAUAUUUUUCUGGGUCUUGUUGCAAAGAAGGCUGAUAUCGAGCCGUUCCACUGUGAAGAAUUCCAUUUUUAUAAAAAAGAGUACACAAAAUACAGUUACAAGUACGUUAUAUCCUCCCAUGGUUAUGGGGAUCCAAAUGAACUACUGGAAGUAUGGAAUGAACAGAAAGUAUUGGGUAAUGCUUAAAUAUAUAUUUUUGGAGCGAACAUGACCUCGAUUCAAUUUAAUGUGCAAUAUUUCUCAGCAAACUUGACUAUGAUUAAUGGGGUACAAAUUUAAAUUUAACCCAAGUCUAAACGACUACUAUCCGUAUAGUUAUAUUCUGUUCAACCAUUGAUUGUUGUAUCUAAUAUUUGUAAGAGAUCGUUGAAAAGUACAAAAGCAUCAAUAAAGUAUUUAGUAUUCUAUUA